UACUAUUUCUGAUGAAAUAUAUGAUUCGUCUGAGCCAGUGCACCACGUGGAGGAGAAACUGGAGCAGGAGGUUCGGGAGGAUCCGGACUUAAACAUGUUUACUGAAGACAUUCUUAGUACUGAAAGUGGAAAGGACAAUUUGAAAACACCGAUUUCCCCUAAGGCUUCGCCCCCCGUGCAUGGCAGCAAGUGCAAACUAUGCGGCAAAAUGAUUGGAAGGUUGAGCACCUUGGGAAACCACGUAAUGAACCAACAUUACACAGCAAUAAGAGGUAUGGUUUCAAGGAAUUCGAAGACAAUGCAAAAAAUUGCUGCCAUUUUUAAGGAAAAAAAAGUGACCGUGCUAAGACUAUCAGAGCAAACUGGGGUGCCGGCCGAGUAUUUGAGGGCGAAAGUCAUGUGCAGCGAUGACUAUAAAAAAAUUGGGUUCCGCUUGUGGGCCGUCAAGACGGAUGCAGAGAAGCUGAAGGACAUCAACCAAUAACUGUUUCGAUUUUUAA